AAUUUAAUGCAUCAUGUUCAAAAAUGCAGAUCUCAUUCAUUAGCUUUUUGUUGGUUUUUCCAAGUCCCACUGUUGCAUUUAAUUGAACUAAUGUGAUAAGGUUUGUUUGUUGGCAUUGCAAAGCAAGUUAUCCUUACCUCAAGGAUUAUAUCAGUAAGCCCAACUUUCAUCCAGCCUUCAACAUGACCAGCAGCUCUCCCCUUCCAACUUUGGCCCAGGUGUGUCAGGGUCCGCUAGCGUGGCGCGUGCAGUCGGCGACGCGUCUGCUGCAGGAGUGCUCGUCGAAGGAGGCGGGGGCGGCGCUCCGCACGCUGGUGCAGUCCGUUUUCGGGGCCGGGGGGCCUGCCGAGCCCGGCAUGCUGGGCUGGGGACUGCAGCACUUCACCAAGUCCCAGCACCCAGCAGAGUUCCAGCUGCUGUGUGACUUCCUCUCAGCCCGCGGUCCUCUCGUGUCCAUGGCCCUCAGACACGCGCAUGAUACCUUCAUGAUAUUCGAGUUCCCUGUCACCGCCCUCCCCACUGUCAGUGGAUUGAGUGGAAUGUUGCUGAACCUGAGAGUGGAGUGGGAGCCAUUGCCAUCAGCUUGUCACAACCUUUUGCAGUCCCACUCCCACAAAGUCCAGAACAAGAAACAGAAGUUAGAGGACAGAGGUUGUCAGGUUGCUCAG